AUGGCCGGAGCAGGGCUGCUGCCCUCCCUGCCCACGCUGACUGUGCUCGUUCCCCUCCUGUCCCUGGCAGGCCUGUUCUACUCGGCCAGCGUAGACGAAGCCUUCCCCCAGGGCUGCACCAGCACAAACAGCCUGUGUUUCUACAGCCUCCUCCUUCCUGUUACAAUACCAGUUUAUGUGUUCUUUCACCUGUGGACCUGGAUGGGGAUUAAGCUUUUUAGGCACAACUAGUGUGAUGUCUUUGCUAACCCCUGGGCUUCUCUAAAUCAACGUAAUUUGUUUAAUCUCAUCAAGUAUUGCACUUCAUUUGAGAGAGUUUCCUUCUGGCACUAGUGACUGGCAUCAUUUUCCCCGUAGUAUCUGGAACUGUAUGAAGCAGCAGCCCAUUGUUAACUACUGCUAAUGCAGAUGAAGAGUAGGAGUAAUAAGAAACACUAAUUCCCUCUGUUUUAUCCCUUCAAGAGUGUUGUGCAUUUGUAGUGGCACUAAUUAAAACCUUCAUUUUCAUGAGGAAGAACUGUACUCUGACUGAAUAAACCAAAUUAAAAUUAAAACAUGCAAUGAUAUGAA